GGAAACUAUUUUGGCUUUUCGUUUUUCUCAUCGCUUCUGGCUAUAUGACCUAUGGCAUCGUCGACGUCAUCGAGGCAUAUAUGUCUGGCGCGAAAACGACCACUACUCAGAUGGAGCCACGGGAAAUUCUUCCUUUCCCUACUGUCACCAUCUGUCCCCAGUCGAAAGAACACGAAAGAUCUUAUGAUUUUUCGGGGUUCUUCGGUCCGAUGGAACAAAUUAUAAUGUGGGACGACGAGAAUUUCCAGCAACUGGCAGGACUCGACGACCCGAUGGCCGAUUUACCCUUUUCCUUCUACGGCGAGAAUCGCACGGCAGACGACGACGGAAUGCAGGAGACCUGCAUCAGACCCUUCGCUGCCGGAAGCCAUGAUUCUCUAUCCAUGCUGGGCUUUGUCGAGGAGCAGCUCGGCCCAAACAAGUACGUGUUGGAUGGCUACUCGGGCUUGAAGCAGACAAGUUCCUUGAAACCCAUACUCUAUUGUAGCUUCAAUGAGGGUCCUUGCCACGAUGGUGAUUUCGAAUACAUGGAGCUUCAUUCGCGUGGGAAUUGCUUCACAUUCAACUCCGACAGAAAAAAAUACGUUCGUCGUAAUACACCCUCAAAUUCCGGUUUCAACGAGAGCUGGGAUCCGUGGCAGGGGCUUCGGCUCGUACUGGCACCGUACUCGAUGCGCCCGACUUCGAUCGGAGGAUACACGGUCUUCGUUUGGAGACCCGGGGGCGAAGAUUACGCGCUCGAUGAAGGAGCCGAUGCGAAAUUGGGGGCGGUGUCAUAUGUUGGACUCAAAAUGGUGGAGUUCCAACGACUUCGUCCGGAGUUUGGGGGGGAUUGUGCUCCCGAUUCGUACCUACGGCUGCGAUUCGACCCCGAGGUUUUCGUGGUCACGAAUGAAACAGUCUAUUCCAAGGAGGUGUGUCGGGAUUAUUGCAUUGCCUCUCGAUUGUUGCAAGAAUACAGCCACGGCCAAAGCGAAGUGGACUGUCUGCCUUUCUCGUACUCCUCUCUGCUGACCAACAAUGAAAUUCCGACGUGCGCCCAGCGUGAGCACUUCAUACUGUGCUUCCUUUGUCCUGUCCUGGUGCAUAUUCAUUCUUCAUGGUUUCACUUUUACAUGCCGCGUGCGAGACGAGCUCACCCUUACGUGGGUGUUCGGGUGUCUUCAGACGUCUCCUCGGUGGGAUCUUCGGUCGUGUCCCCAAGUUGGUCUCCCAGAUUAUCGCCGAUGGGGGUGUUUUCGAUGGGACCUCCAAAAAACUCUCCGCUGAAGAACUGGUCUUCAUAUCCGACCCCAUCAGAUUGCUCGGUCAUGGUCUCCUCUGACCUGCGGCCAAUCUUUGCAGAAGAGAUGGAUGUCCGUCUGAUUUUACGCGAACCAGACGCGUUCCGGAGGGAGAGGGAGGCCCUCGACAACUUGGCUCAACUAUGGGGAACUCAUUACUACAUAAUCUCUGUCUUCGACCUGAGGAGAGUGGUGGCGGAGCCCGUGGAGCGGAAAUGGAGUAGUUGGAGCAAGUGGACUCGGAGCCGAUGCGAAGCCCAUAUGGUAGAUGAGGCCAUCCUGGCCAUGCCACUCAGAGUCGCUGGCCGUCGCACAACCCCAGAUUCCCUCAGCACUCUCCUUAUUGGGACGUUAGUCACGUCCACCCAGUUGAAAUUGAGUAGUUGGAGCAAGUGGACUCGGAGCCGAUGCGAAGCCCAUAUGGUAGAUGAGGCCAUCCUGGCCCUGCCACCCAGGCAAUGGUAUCUGUCCUGCACAAUUGGGGAGUGGUGGGGACACCAUUGCCGAAUCUGGGCUGCUGAUCAUCAUGGCUUCCCAGAAAACCACAGACCCACCCCAAGGAAGGACAUCAUCUACGGCCACUCAGUUGUCCCCACUUGGGGGAAUCUCGCGUCGAAUGGAAUGGAAAUGGAAACAGGAAUGAAAACAGCCGUGGUUUCAGAAUUGUCUGGGGGAGGGCUCCUCUGGGCCGACGUCCUUCGUGCCGUAAUUGGGAGUUAUUUCCGAUUCAGCGUGGGAUUUAACGAAAGCCAUUCUUUGGCCGAUUCCCCAGCAUUGACUGAUGCAUCACGAUGCCUUUCUCUUCGGAAGAACCUUCACCGAUAUCGACCCAUGUAA